AUGGCAUCAGACGAUGAAGUAGACGGUUCCUUUGCAGGCGACGAAGAUGUAGAAGAGGGCGAGGGUCAAAAUGAAAAUUCUGGUGAGAGUGAUGAGGCCCCACCAAAGGAGGAUGAUGAUUACUCUCCAGAAGAUGGUAGGAAAAAGAAAAAGGGAAAGAAACGUAAGGCUAGGGGAGAAGACAAAAAGGGGAGAAAGAAGAAGAAGAAGCGCAAAAACGAAAGCGAAGAUGAUGAUGACUUUGGUCUUGAAAUUGAGGCAGAGGGUGAUAGUGACUAUGCUCUUAGUGCUAUGUCAUCAAGUAAGAAGUCACGCAAAGGCCGAGGUAGCAAACACAACACAUCUACUCCAGCCCCAUCAGAUUCUAGCUGUGGUAUGCCAACUGUCGAAGAGGUUUGCUCUUCGUUCAGCCUAACAGAUGUAGAUAUCCAAUACACCGAUGCUGAUUUGGAAAAUCUCACAUCUUACAAACUAUUCCAACAGCAUGUUCGGCCGCUCCUCGUCAAAGAGAAUCCGAAGGUGCCAGUUUCAAAGCUUAUGAUGCUGGUAGCAGCGAAGUGGCGGCUCUUCUGCGAGACAAACCCCCACUUGAGUGGCGGCAGUACGCAGGCAAUGGGCUCCGAGGAGAACACAAACACAUCCACGGCGUCGGACUACACGCCCAAAGCGAGGACCGCAAGACCCACAAAAGAUACAAAGGCCGAGGAGGUGACCGACGAGCCCGAGGACGAGGAGGAGGAGGAGGCGAGCGACGAAGGCACCCCGGCGCCGAGGAAGCGCGGCCGGCGGCCGAAGCACGGCGCCGCCUCGCGCGCCAAGCCAGGCCGCAAGCCGAAGGUGCCCACGCUCAAGAUCAAGUUCAGCAAGCGCAAGAGGACCAGCAGUCAGGAGGAAGAGCAAGAAGGUAGUCCUGGCGUGAAUACAGAUUCUGAUGCAGAGUUUGAACAAAUGUUAGCCGAAGCAGAGGAGCCGAAACCAUCAACGGCCAGUGCCACUGAGGAAGGUGUUCCACCAAAGGAUGAGGACCCCAAUGUUCCACAACCACCGAAGAAAAAGGCAAAGACAAAAAUUGGAAAUAAGAGCAAGAAGAAGAGAAAAUUGAAGACUACAAAUAAAUUCCCAGAUGGUGCAGAGGGUGAACAAGAACAUCAAGAUUAUUGUGAGGUGUGCCAACAAGGUGGUGAGAUUAUCCUUUGCGAUACUUGUCCUCGCGCUUACCACUUGGUGUGCCUCGAACCUGAACUGGAGGAGACCCCUGAGGGUCGGUGGUCGUGCCCCCACUGCGAGGCCGAGGGCAACCAGGACCAGGAAGACGACGAUGAGCAUCAGGAGUUCUGCAGGAUUUGCAAAGAUGGUGGUGAGCUGUUAUGCUGUGACUCUUGCCCUUCUGCAUACCAUCGUUUCUGUCUUAAUCCACCACUUGAAGAAGUUCCAGAUGGGGAGUGGAAAUGUCCUAGAUGUAGCUGCCCGCCCCUCGACGGGAAAGUGGCAAAGAUAUUAACCUGGAGGUGGAAAGAGCAACCUGCUAAAUCGAAAGCACCGCGGACGCGUGAGUUCUUUGUAAAGUGGCAUGAACGCUCCUACUGGCAUUGUAGCUGGAUAUCAGAAAUACAGCUGGAUGUUUUCCAUCCCCUUAUGUACCGUUACUACAUGCGCAAAUCGGAUCCUGAGGAACCGCCCAAGCUUGAGGAGCCUUUAGAGGAACGUGAGGGGCGCAAACGGCUUAAGAACAAACAACAACAGGAACAAGAUUCAGAUGAGAAAUUACUUGAGGAGAAAUAUUACAGGUAUGGUGUAAAACCCGAGUGGCUGAUUGUCCAUCGGGUGAUUAAUCAUCGCACUGCACGCGAUGGUACGACAUAUUAUUUAGUUAAAUGGCGAGAUCUCUCCUAUGACCAAGCCACAUGGGAAUCGGAGAAUGAGGACAUUGCUGGGCUCAAAAAUGCCAUGGAGUAUUAUCAGGAUAUGCGUGCCUUUAUCACUUCUGAAGGAAAGACGAAAGGUAGUAAAGGCAAGAAAACUGGUCGUAAGAGUAAAAACAAAGAUAUGAUAGACGAAGACGAAAGCAGCAGUGGCCUGCAGUUUAAAGCUAAAAAAUACAACCCACCCCCAGAUCGGCCUACAACGAACCUCAACAAGAAAUACGAAGAUCAACCUCCGUUUGUGUAUGAGACUGGUAUGCAACUCCAUCCAUACCAGUUGGAAGGUCUUAACUGGUUACGUUACUCAUGGGGCCAAGGAAUCGAUACGAUCCUCGCCGACGAGAUGGGUCUCGGUAAAACCAUCCAAACAGUUACAUUCCUUUACUCCCUGUUCAAAGAGGGACACUGCAAAGGGCCAUUUUUGGUGUCAGUACCCUUAUCGACGAUCAUUAACUGGGAAAGAGAAUUUGAACUGUGGGCCCCCGACUUGUACUGUAUUACGUACGUAGGCGACAAAGAUUCUAGAGCUGUCAUAAGAGAGAAUGAGUUGACUUUCGACGACGGCGGAAACAGAGGCGGCAGGCCGUCAAAAAUUAAAUCUCAAGUAAAAUUCAACGUCCUUCUCACUUCGUAUGAGUUGAUCUCUAUCGACUCCACUUGUUUGGGUUCCAUCGAGUGGGCUGUUCUGGUUGUGGACGAAGCUCACAGGCUCAAGAGCAACCAAUCUAAAUUCUUCAGGCUCCUGGCCGGCUAUCACAUCAACUACAAACUGCUUCUGACCGGUACACCAUUGCAAAACAACCUCGAGGAGUUGUUCCAUCUUUUGAAUUUCUUAAACAAGGACAAGUUUAACGAUCUCGCCGCUUUCCAAAAUGAAUUCGCCGAUGUAUCGAAAGAAGAGCAAGUCAAGAGGCUUCAUGAAAUGCUUGGGCCGCAUAUGCUGCGUCGUUUGAAGGCUGACGUGUUAAAAAAUAUGCCGGCAAAGUCCGAGUUCAUUGUGCGCGUAGAAUUAUCGCCGAUGCAGAAGAAAUACUACAAGUAUAUUCUGACGAGGAACUAUGAGGCGUUGAAUCCUAAAGGCGGAGGUCAAACUGUUUCAUUACUUAAUGUAAUGAUGGACUUGAAGAAGUGCUGUAAUCACCCGUAUCUAUUCCCUGUGGCAGCUGAAGAGGCGCCACUCGGCCCUCACGGCAACUACGACACUCAAGCUCUGAUCAAGGCGUCGGGGAAACUCGUCCUCAUGUCCAAAAUGCUAAAGCAACUAAAGGAACAGGGACACAGAGUGUUGAUUUUCUCACAGAUGACGAAAAUGUUGGAUAUCUUGGAAGAUUUCCUGGAAGGCGAAGGUUAUAAAUACGAGAGGAUCGAUGGCGGUAUAACUGGUACGAUACGCCAAGAGGCGAUUGAUAGAUUCAACGCUCCUGGGGCACAGCAGUUUGUGUUCCUUCUGUCAACAAGGGCUGGCGGUUUGGGUAUUAACUUGGCCACUGCUGACACUGUCAUCAUUUAUGACUCUGAUUGGAAUCCUCAUAAUGAUAUUCAAGCGUUCUCUCGUGCUCAUCGUAUUGGCCAAGCGAAUAAAGUCAUGAUCUACCGUUUCGUAACACGUAAUAGUGUUGAAGAAAGAGUUACACAGGUAGCUAAGAGGAAGAUGAUGUUGACUCACUUGGUUGUACGUCCCGGUAUGGGUGGGAAAGGCGCCAACUUCACGAAGCAAGAACUGGAUGACAUUCUUAGAUUUGGUACAGAGGAGCUAUUUAAAGAGGAGGAGGGUAAAGAGGAAGCUAUCCAUUACGACGAUAGAGCUGUCGGCGAGUUACUCGAUCGAUCGAAGGAGGGUAUUGAACAGAAAGAAUCUUGGGCAAAUGAGUAUCUCAGCUCCUUUAAAGUGGCGAGUUAUUCCACAAAAGAGGGCGACGGUGAAGAAGAAGUGGAUACAGAGAUCAUCAAGCAAGAGGCCGAAAAUACAGACCCAGCUUACUGGAUCAAGCUGCUUAGGCAUCAUUAUGAACAACACCAAGAAGAUCAAGCGAGAACACUGGGCAAAGGGAAACGUGUACGAAAGCAAGUCAACUACAACGACGGCAGCGGUAGUGAAGAUGACAAGGAAGACGAUGACUUCGAUGAAAAGAAUGAUAACGGAGAUCUUCUUAGUCGUCGCAGCAAGAGACGCCUGGAGAGGCGAGAAGAGCGUGACAGGCCGCUCCCUCCGUUACUCGCACGUGUCGGUGGCAAUAUGGAAGUGCUAGGUUUUAACGCACGUCAGAGAAAGUCAUUCCUUAAUGCAAUAAUGCGCUACGGCAUGCCGCCCCAAGACGCUUUCAACUCUCAAUGGCUGGUAAGAGACCUCAGAGGGAAGUCUGAACGCAACUUUAAAGCGUAUGUUUCAUUAUUUAUGCGACAUUUGUGCGAACCCGGUGCAGACAAUGCUGAAACAUUCGCUGACGGCGUCCCUAGAGAAGGAUUAUCGAGACAGCAUGUAUUAACGAGGAUUGGUGUAAUGAGUCUAAUCAGAAAGAAAGUCCAAGAGUUUGAGCAUAUCAACGGAUAUUACAGUAUGCCGGAGUUGAUACGUAAGCCUGUGGAACCAGUGAAGAUAUCGGGCGCUACUAGUGAGAGUGCGGCUCCUAGCCCGGCGCCAUCAACUGCCACUCCUAUAACUUCAGCCGCCCCGUCUCCUGCACCAACACAGGUACCGCAGGCAAGCCAAGCGCCAACACCGGGUGGCUCCGAUAAGGAUGACAAGGAAGAGGUAAAGGAUGAAAAGCCCGAUAUAAAGGACACUAAAGAAAAAGAUGACGCAAUGGACACCAGCGACAUAAAAGAAAACGACGAAGAAGAAAAGAAAGACGACAAGGAAGCUAUCAAAGAAAAAAUAGAACCUAAGGAAGAAACGCGCUCUUCAGUAGACGAUGAACUUCCGAAGGACGAUGAAAAGGCAGACGAAAAGAAACUGGAAGAUCUCUCGGACAAAAUCAAAGAAGAAAAAGAUGACUCUGAUAAGAAAGAGGAUGCCAAGAGUGACAAGACCGAGUCAGAAGCGUCGGAGAAACCUAAGGAAGAGAAAAAGGACGAGGACGAUGAUGAUGUCGUCUUGGUAAAGGAAGAAGAGGACCUUAAAGUGGAGCGCCGCAAGUUUAUGUUCAACAUCGCUGAUGGAGGUUUCACAGAGUUACACACGUUGUGGCUUAACGAGGAGAGAGCGGCGGCGCCCGGAAGGGAGUACGAAAUAUGGCACAGGAGGCAUGACUAUUGGCUAUUAGCCGGUAUUGUGACACACGGGUACGGCCGCUGGCAAGACAUUCAGAACGAUCUGCGGUUCGCCAUCAUCAACGAACCAUUCAAAAUGGAUGUCGGGAAAGGGAACUUCCUCGAGAUCAAGAACAAAUUCCUCGCGAGGCGGUUUAAGCUGUUGGAGCAGGCGCUGGUGAUCGAGGAGCAGCUGCGCAGGGCGGCCUACCUGAACCUGACGCAGGACCCCAACCACCCGGCAAUGUCGCUGAACGCGCGCUUCGCCGAGGUGGAAUGCCUCGCGGAGUCGCACCAGCACCUCAGCAAGGAGUCGCUCGCCGGCAACAAGCCCGCCAACGCGGUCCUGCACAAGGUGCUGAACCAGCUGGAAGAGCUGCUCUCCGACAUGAAGUCGGACGUGUCGCGGCUGCCGGCCACUUUGGCGCGCAUCCCGCCCGUGGCGCAGCGGCUGCAGAUGUCGGAGCGCUCGAUCCUGUCGCGGCUAGCCGCCACCGCCGGCAACCCGGUGCCAGCAGCUCAAAUGGCCCAGUUCCCGGCAGGCUUCCAGCCAGGAGGCACGCUGCCAGGCUUCGCGCCGGCGGCGGCUGCGGCGGCCAACUUCUCCAACUUCCGCCCGCAGUAUUCCGUACCCGGACAACCCACCUCCACCGGUUCCUCUAAUAAAUCA